CGCUCUCACUCCCGUCAGCCUCCGAGUCACAAACAUACACGUCAGACUCUGGGCACACACACGACAGUCCAGUGCAAGAAAAACGCGACGAGGAAGCGGUGACGACCAUACACGCAAAUCGCGCAUCAGGUAGCGACUACCCCACGCGGAACUGCUCCCUCCCUGGCUGAACGACACGCCGCGAGCUCAACAGCCGACUCUCCAACAGCCGGUUUCGCAUUUGCCCACCGCAACCGACGACUCUCUCUGGAACCUCCCCGUCUCGCCCCCCCUUGUUCUACUCUAUCUCCGCUACACCUCUGCUCGCUUGGUAGGCCGCUCCAAUCCAAUUGUGUUGGAGCUGGCUCAACGAUCUCUGGGCUCUGGUGGGCAAGCUGCCGACUCAGCCCUUUGUCGCGAACAGUUCACCUCCCUGCGGCUGGUUCAAGACUCGUGCCCGGCAUUUCCUCCUUCAAUAGUGUCUCCAGGGGCCGGCGAGGUCACUCUACAACAGGAACCCCUUGGUGAGCUGCUCGUUCAGCCCGUCUCGUCGCCGACAGCGCCGACCACGCCGCAAGUCCUACGCCACCUGGCGAGAACGAUCCUUAGCACCACCCACUCUCUCUCGCUCUCGACGAUCGAGCCCACACGAAUCGCGACGCCACCCCGGUCGCCUUGUCUCUCGGGAGCAAGCAAAGAGCCGAGAGCACUAGCUGCAAGGGGUCCGGGGGCUAGCAACAGAUAAUUUGCCGUCGCCGAAACCAUCGUCGUGCACAGUCGUCGGCCGUGCGCGUGUGCUGGCUCGACUCGGCGCUGCUUGAGCGGCUGCAGCGGUUGUAAGGCUUCAGAGGCAAGGCUUGUAUUGGUUUCCUAGGAAUUGCCCCCGGAAUCGGUACUUGCCUCCCUCGGCACCCUUACCUUCCUCCCCCACCCUGGCGAGGUUGCUGUACACGCAAGGGAACGGUAACUCAUUGGCCCGACGAUUGGGGGUUCAACAGAACGCCUCAAACACCCUCUCUUCCUGACUCCUCUCUCAUCUUCACUCCCUUCCGACAGUGGGUUGGCCCACACCCCCCUGUUGCUGGCCUCGUCGCUGGCGUUGCCGCACCCACGGUCAACACCCCACCCCACGCCUACUCCCCACAUACAUUAAUACAUAUCCCCCGUUGGAGUGCACCAAUCGUCCUUCCUUCUCCUCCUUACACCAGCUGUUUCGGCUGCCAUCGUCCUGCUUUUGGCUCCGAUCACCGCGUCACCUCGAGAACCAUCACAAACACGACAAGCUCCCUUGAUAUAUCACUCCACCUACACACCACCACCAACUUCGCCCAUUCCUGUUGUCACCCUUCCAUCCUUCUGCCACAAUAACUUUAACACUCCCCAUCCGACGUCCACACUCGUUACGCAUACACCACGACAUGAGCACCGGCGGCGGUAUGAGCGGUGUACAACGAGGUGGCACUGCACCAUAUACCGCUGCCGCCGCAGUUGCGGGACAACCAAGCCGUUCACGCCACCCCGACCAUCAUCAUCGGUAUCGGCCCUCUAAUACCUCACCGAGGGCGCCUGUGGGCUUCAGCGUUUCAGAACUGGUGAACAGGGAUGCUCCUCCACCGCAGCGAUCACCGCGCGAGUCAUGGGAAUCGCAGCGGCAGCAACAGUCCUACUACGAUCCCGCGGGUGGUGUCGUUCCGCAUCGCCGCCCAGUGUCGCCGCCAGCGGGGCCACCCCCGCCAGUUCCAAGCGCUCCCCCACCUCCAAGACGGAGUGAUUCAUCAGCCUCCCUUCAUCAACGCCGAUCCCCACCCCUUCCCUCACCUACAUAUGGUUACCAGGAAGGCGAAGGUCGGAGUUCCUCGUGGCGCCACAGGGCAGAUCCGGCCUAUGGACAUGAUAGGGAGCAACCUCAACCCUCAUCAGCUCGACCUCCAAACCGCGAACAACAUGUGUCAGAGUACCCGUACAAUAAUGAGGAGGCCUCCCACCUUCACAACUCUAGAUACUACGCCGGUCGACCGCGAGUUGACCACCCACCGCCGCCGGAGCCUUCUCAGCCCGUUCACCCUGGUUCCUCGAGACAUUUUGCGAUACGACCCCGGAGACGCGUUCCUUCGUGGAUGGAAUGCAGCGCUGGCGGCAUUGGCUGACAGAGAGCGUGAACAUCCGCCUUCUGGCUUCCGUGAGACAAGGGAUGGCGUGAUACGCGAGAAAUGGAACAUCACGAGCGCGAGAUCGCCUGGCAGCGUGACAGGCAGCUUCAAGAGCGUCGACGUGACUCUCUCCGCGAUGUUCGCGAUCCUCGCAACGCCCGCGAUCUUCGAGACACCCGUGAUCCACGCGACAAUCACCACCCUCGCGAUCCCCGCGAUGGUCGUGAGCUCGACCCCCGCUUAG